UGUGGAAAGUAUCGAUUGUCAAAGAAAAUUUUCCGUCAUACAGACAAAAAUUGUCUGGGAAAGGAAAUUUAUUUUUGUAUUAUUCCAAAAGGAAUGCAAUAAAAUCUUCAAAAAAAUAAUAACUCAUAAGUUUGGAGAAAUAACAGGAUUAGUAAUUUGCAAUGUUGGAAGAAAGAUCUUAGGCGGACUCCUUCGAGGAAUUUGUGUAAAGCAAAAGCUUAACUAAAGAGAACUCAGCUAGUAUUUAAACAACAACAACGCUUUAUGUUCUCGUAUUGACAAUACAAUUUGGAAAUAAUUAAAAGUUUGCUAUAAAUUUUAAUUCUAUCAUUCUGCUUCAUCUGCAUUCUGGUAGCCAAUCGAGCGGUAUUUUUGUCAGAGGUGCAACGACGUUGCUAAGAAAUUUUUCCAAAUGAUGUUGUCAUCUAUAAAUAACUCUUUCGAGCAGGACACGCAUGAUGUUGAUGGAAAUUGUGAUGGGCCUGAUUUGGAUUUUGUUUAUGCUGAUGUUGAUACUUAUCAAAACGAAAUUGCAGAGCUCUACAGUUACACAGAAUUUAAUGAGCUCCAACAAAAUGUUAAAGCAUUCGAAGAUCAAAUGGAAAUGUAUGAUUUGCCACCUAAUUGGCAAAAACAAGACAACUCAUCACAGCGCAGUAUUAUAAUGAAGUUGAUCGAUCAACUGGAAGUUUCAAGUCGAGCGUUUCGAAUGCAGGCAGCGCGUUGCAUACUCUAUUUGGCACAAGGAUGUUGGGCUGAAGUUCAGUCUGAUGAAGAACAACAUCAGAUCACAAGAGACAACGUGAUUGUAUUAUAUGAGUUGGGAGUUUUUUCAUCUUUUAUAGAUCUACUUAACAUGGAAAUAGAGAGCGCUUGCUCUCCUGAUAUUGUUGCUGUUAAAAUCACGAAUGUUACUUUGGUAGACUCGACCGACUUGCGAGUAAUACUUUCGGUAUUGUAUAUAAUUGCGGAAACCAUACGAGAUGAGUAUGAUAAGGGAAGCGAGGAUUAUAAAAAUAUUGCCGAAGCCUUCAUACAAGAAAUAAAUAGCCCACUACCUGAUGGCGAAUUGCUUGCUGUUAAACUUUUAGGCAUGAUAACUCGUUUUUGUAGUGGCGCCGCACCCCACUUUCCCAUGAAAAAAGUUGUGUUACUGUUGUGGAAAAUAACAUUGCUGGGCUUAGGUGGUAUGGAGAAGUUGAAAAACCUCAAAAAUGAAUAUCGCGUCAAGGCAGGGCUUGAGCCUGUUACUGAGGAUACACUGGAAGUCACGAAAAAUAUGCGCGCCAGCUCACCACCAGCGACUGCUACAGACAUUUUGGAUAACCAAAAUCCCAAACGAAAUGCAUUCAGGCGAUCUUUGAUGAAGCAACGUUUUCUGGAUGAGCAAGAGCAAAUGGACAUGGAACUAACAGCUGGUAAUGAAAGUACACCACCGAGCAAUAAUGGUGGAAAUGGAAAUCAAGAAGAAGACAUUUCCCAGUUCUAUCGUCAGUUCGAUGAUCCAUCUUCAAACACUGCGAACCCUAAUAAUCAGCCGAGCUUCUCACAGCCACCACCAGUACUACCUGUACAGGUAACAACACGUUUGCCAUGGACACCGAAAGUAAGGCAAAAGGAUAUUGAUCAAUUCUUGGAUAUAUCGCGAAAUAAAUUUAUUGGUUACUCGUUGAUUGAUGAUCACGAGAGUCUUGCCGGACUGCCACAACCAAUACAUGAGGGUGUUCAGACUUUGCGACGUCACAUGUAUGUGAGUCUCGCUGAUGUGCAAAUAAAGAAGGAAGAAGAAAUCGCACGAAACCCGAUCUCUACACAAGAGGACGAAAUUCCAUUAAAUCCCGCCGAAGUACUUUAUCAGGCAAUACUGCCUAAUCUGCCGCAAUACAUGAUAGCCCUCUUGAAAGUUUUAUUGGCUGCGUCGCCCACUUCGAAAUCGAAAACGGAAAGCAUUAAUAUAAUGGCUGACGUCUUACCGAAGAAAAUGCCAAUAACAGACUCGCAGAAACUAACUGUUGACAUGAGUAGACAUAAGGAGAUAAUUGUUAAAGCAGUGUCCGCUAUCAUUUUGCUGUAUCUGAAGCAUUUCAAAAUUAAUCACAUAUACCAAUUCGAAUUUAUGUCACAGCAUCUUGUAUUCGCCAAUUGUAUACCUCUGGUGCUGAAGUUCUUCAAUCAAACAAUCACCGAAUAUGUGGGCAUGAAAAACACCAUACCACUCUUGGAUUUCCCUUCCUGUGUAAUUGGGGAACAGCCAGAUCUUUCGGGCGAAAGCUUUGUGUAUAGCGGUGAAACCGCCGACAAGCCAUACUAUUCGUGGCGUAACGUUUUCUCCUGCAUCAAUCUCUUACGCAUACUUAAUAAGUUAAUUAAGUGGAAACACUCGCGCGUUAUGAUGUUAGUCGUCUUCAAAUCGGCUCCUAUACUCAAAAAAACACUCAAGGUGCGCCAUGCCAUGAUGCAGUUAUAUGUAUUGAAGCUGCUGAAAAUGCAAACCAAAUAUCUCGGACGCCAAUGGCGCAAAUCGAACAUGAAGACAAUGAGUGCCAUUUAUGCAAAGGUAAGACAUCGUCUCAACGAUGAUUGGGCCUUUGGAAAUGACUUGGAGUCGCGUCCAUGGGAUUUUCAGGCUGAGGAGUGUACGCUGCGUGCCUGCGUAGAUCGUUUCAAUUUGCGGCGCUAUCCGGAAGCUACGCAGAAAUGUGGUGCUGGUGGCAAUAAUGGUAAUUCCGGCAAUUCAGAUAAUUCAGCGGGAAAUAUAGCGGGCGCAGGAGGCGGUAAUAAUAUGGGUGGUGGUGGAAAUGAGGCAAAUGGCUUCGGCAGUGGCGGUACGGGCGGUGGUGGCAACGGACACACACAGCUAAAUGAUUAUGGUGUCGAAGGCGGUUUUCCCAGCGACGAAAUACUGUCACACUCAGAUUUUGCAUUCUUCGGACACUCGGGCUGGUGGGAUCGCAAAGUAGAAUUGACCGACUACUUCAAGGAAAACUAUUCGAUAUGGUUAGAAGAGGAAGUUUACAACAAUCAAAUCGACUGGGAUGCGUUGUAAGUGGAAAGCAAACUGACACUUCUCGUCAUACAUGCAAGCAGUGUGCGGAGUAAAAACUGAAAUUAUUGACUAAUACAUAAAGCUUAACUACUAGAAUACACACAGAUACAUAGUUAAACAUAAGUGCACGUCGAAAUCGAAUACUUACAAACAUAAUUUUGUCAUAGCGAGUUAUAAACGUACAUUUGUAAAUCGUGAAAGUGUUGAAAAUUUGAAUCUGAAUCUGAAAAAUCCACAAUUCAAUUGCAAAAAUAAUCAUAACAAACGCAAAAUAAUUGCUAGUUUUUACUGCAUUAGAAAUAAAAUGGAAAAGCAAUUACGCCUAAUACAAGUAUUGGCUACGUCACCAUUUUCAUCGUCAUCCAAGUCGUGUUGUUUUGCAGUCGCUUUUUGACCAAGUAAUUGGUGUUUAUACAGCUUAUGCGCAAGACUCGCAUAUAAAACUACAUUACAUGAUUAUACACUCAUGCAUACAUCUACAUACAAACAUA